CUGUGUUGAGUUAAUUAGUUCAUAGACUGAUUACAACUGAUUUGUAUGGAGCCUGUUUUGGAGCAGCAGCGUCGCUACCACGAAGAAAGAGAGAGGAUCAUAGAGACAUGUGUGGCUGAACAGAUGGCAAAGCAUGAGACGCACAUUGAGAAGCUAGCCGGACAGCACAGAGUGUUUGACCUCCGCCAGAGAUAUCUGCAGACCACUGGGGAGUUGGUGGAUCUUUACAGAGAUAGAGACCACUCUAGGAGAGAUGAGAUCCAGGCCAUCUCAGCCCCAAACGAGUUCGAGGAGUUCUACAACAGAUUCAAAUCUAUCAAAGAUUUUCAUCGACGACACCCGGGUGAAAUCUCAGUUCCACUCUCAGUCGAGUUCCAGAACAUGCAACUUGCAAGAGGAGAUCCCAAAAAGUGCGAGGAGUCGCUCCCCGUUUUGUUUUCAGACGAAGAGGACUUCGGACGCUACCUGGACAUGAAUGCGCUUCACCAACAGUAUUUGAACUUGAAGUCAGUCACUUAUGUCGACUACAUCACAUAUUUGGCCACUUUCGACCGCCUGUUCGAGUACCCGCGCGAGAACAAAAAUGCAGAGUAUAAACGAUAUCUGAAUGCAAUUGUAGAUUACUUCUAUGAUUUUUACACGAGAGCAAUGCCUCUGCAUGAUAUAGAUAGUGAGAUUGCGGUUUUGAAGGAUGAUUUUGAAGUCAAGUGGGAAGGUGGAAUUUUUCCAGGCUGGGGCAAGGAUGGAUCGGGAGUGUUAAGUCAAAGUGGAACCAGACUUGAUUUGUCAGCAUUUUCAUCUUCAGAAGAGCUUAUGUCAUUAGGCCUUGACAGACUAAAAUCAGCUCUUCAAGCUCUUGGGCUCAAAUGUGGAGGCACGUUAGAAGAAAGGGCGAAACGUCUGUUUGCAACGAAGGGUAAACGAGUCUCGGAGCUGGAUCCAAGUCUGGUCCAAUCCGGAAAGGCCCUGAGCUCGUGGGGAAUCACUGGCAACAUGAAAGCCAAGGAGAUUGCCAGUCUGGAAGCAGUCAUUUAUGGACUGACGGAAAAAUUGGGUGACAUCAGAGAAAGUACUCAGGAGAACGCACAGAGGAAACAGGCGAGAAGUGCGGCUGAGAGACAGGAGGAGUUGGAGGGGGCUGAGGGGGGAGGAGGUGGGGGUGGGGGAGUGGACGGGGAGGGGGAGGAGAGCGACGGGCCAGAUGAAGACGAGGACGUACCGUACAAUCCCAAGAAACUUCCUCUGGGAUGGGACGGAAAACCGAUUCCCUACUGGCUCUACAAACUGCACGGACUCAAUAUGUACUACAAGUGUGAAAUAUGCGGAGGCGCCGAAUACAGAGGCCCGAAGGCAUUCUUACGUCACUUCGCCGAGUGGAGACACGCGUAUAACAUGCGUAACUUGGGUAUACCAAAUACAGCACAUUUCGCUAAUGUAACUAGUAUAGAAGACGCCAAAGCACUUUGGGAGAAGAUUAAGAAUCUGAAGACGGCUGAAAGAUGGCAACCUGACGUGGAAGAGGAGUUCGAAGACAGUGUCGGCAACGUGCUCAACAGAAAGACUUUUGACGAUAUGAGACGUCAGGGAAUUCUGUGAUUCUGUUAUUUCCUCUUUCACUCAGAAUAGAAGCUCGAAAUUGUAAAAGCAUUCAAAAGUCCAAAAGUAUUCAAAAGUAAAUUGCCAAAUUAUUUGAAACUUGUAAUACGGCGAUUUUGUGGUCUUGUAGAUAUCAUUUGAAUAGCAAGAUCAAGAUAAAAUUAAAAGACAAAUUUAGUUUACAGGGCUCGAAACAUAUUUGAAAUCUUUAAUGCGUGCUUUUGGACCGUUUAAUGUUUUUGAUCAGUGCAUUUGAUAAGCUAGAGACUAUUUUGAGCUGAACUAAACUCGUUUCCUGUUUUAAAUAGAUUUGUGAAGUUAGAAUAUAUCUGAAUUGAUUUUGUCUUUCUGU